AUGCAUAUCCCGGCCUUCCUUCCCGCGCCUCUCCCGUGCCGCCUGCACCGCCUCGAUGCCGCAAUCCCCCUGCGUCGGCCCCCCUGUCGCCUCUUCCGCGCCACGAGACGACAUGCCGUCGGCAUGUCUCACGCCCCCUUCUCCCCGAUGCCCUCGUCGGACUCCCCGGUCGGCACGUCCGACGCGGUCGUCACAGACGCCAUGAUAUCCGCUGCCAAUCGCGCGGCAGAUGCCGCCGGUGACGUCAUCCGCCGAUACUUCCGCGCGUCGCCGGAGGCGUUGGCCGUCGUGUCCAAGUCGGACGAGUCGCCGGUUACGAUGGCAGAUCGCGAGGCGGAGGAUGCCGUCCGAAAGGUGCUCAUGGAUGCGUUUCCAGGCCACGCCGUGCUGGGGGAGGAGAGGGGAGAGACGGGGGGGGAGUCGCCGUUUACGUGGGUUAUUGAUCCGAUAGAUGGGACAAAGGCUUUCAUUGCCGGGCGCCCGACGUUCGGCACGCUUAUUGCCUUGGCGCACAAGGGUGUGCCCGUGCUAGGCGUGAUUGAUCAGCCGAUUUCGCGGGAGCGGUGGGUCGGCGUAGCGGGGAGGCUGACGACCCUGAACGGGAGGCGUGUGAGUGUUGCGGAGGAUGCGCCGGAGAGGAUUGGUGAUGCUACUGUCCAGGCCACGACGCCGGACAUGUUUCUUGGGUUGGAUGCCAUUGCGUUUCGACAUGUCAAAAGGGCGGCCAAGUCGGCGGCAUUUGGAUCGGAUUGCUACGCGUAUGCGCUAUUGGCAACUGGGUGCGGAGACCUGGUCGUGGAAGCAGAUUUGAAGAUUUGGGACUUUGCGGCGCUUGUUCCAGUCGUGACUGGCGCGGGCGGUGUAAUGACGGAUUGGUAUGGCAUGGACUUGACACUUGAGUCAGAAGGAAGGGUGGUGGCUUCUGCGAAUAAUGCGCUGCAUGCGGACACUCUGGAAAUGUUGUGUAGCGUUGACGACCCGCUGGCAGACAUGCAAGAAGGAGCCACGCCUGUGAGCGACCAACUCCGUACGAGGAUGAAUGGGAACGGUAUUCCAAAGGACCCUGGAGAUGGACAUGUCGAAAGCAUGACCGGGUACGGGUCAGCUAUUGUUGGUGAUGGGGUUGUCACUGCUAACGUGCAGCUGAAGAGCGUCAACUCGAGAUACUGCGAUGUGCAGGUGCGUGGGCCUAAAUACCUCACUCCCUUUGACGGGCAAUUCAUUGCGUUGGUGCGACAAGAGGCGGUAAGGGGAAAGGUGCAGUUAAUUUUGGAGAUAACGGUGGACGGCGAGGAACAGGCGUCUAUGGGGAAGCAACUGCCCAUUGUGGUAAAUAGAAACGCUACAGCUGCGGUUCGAGCAUUGCUCGAGGACCUAGCUGAUGCGGCGGGUAUCGAGGCAAAACCAACUAUUGCUGAUAUUGUUGGAUUCUCAGAGGUACUUGUGAGGCGAGAUCCAGGCAACAUGGCCGAGGAGGCAUUUACCGUGGCGAUGAAAGCCACGAAGGAGGCGCUUGCAGAUUUGAGAUCGUCUCGUCGGCGAGAAGGAGCAAUUUUGGAGUACGAUCUCUCUAAACGAACACGCAAGGUGUGGGAGUUGCUGAGAGAAGUUGAAAUGCGUGCCUCCCAGCGGGUAGAGAAACAGAGAGAGCGGCUGCUAAAGUUGACAAAAGACAUUGAGAGCGAAAAGAUCGACCCGGUGAGAAUCGAGUACGAGGUGACUGUGUACGCGGAUCGGACGGAUAUCACGGAGGAGAUAGUGAGGCUUCGUGCGCACAUCUCGUUGUUCGAAAUGACGCUGCUCGGGGCGGAUGAGCCAAUCGGUCAGAGACUGACGUUUUUGCUGCACGAAAUGAACAGGGAGGCCAACACAUUGGGGGCCAAGGCGCUGGACGCGCCUAUCGCACAGAUCGGGGUGCUCAUCAAGGAGGAGAUCGAGAAAAUUAGGGAGCAAACGCAGAACAUCCGAUAGCGCUGCUAGCGGCAAAUGUGUAUGCAACAGAAUCAUAGAGGGCGUCUUUGCAACUGAAUAAUGUAGGGUGUUACGCUCCCAGCCUUGAUUGAAUACAACUGAUGGUUCGCUUUGGGUCUGCCAUUCCGACAAAUACGGUGCAUGACUCGGAGAUGCAACUCUGUACCGUCA